AGGGUGGUGUCUAUGCAUAUUUAGUGUUGGACAUUUUUGCCACAUUUUGGUAAUGCGACAAGACUUUGCAGAAGGUGGAUACAGUUGGAACUGCCAUGGAGUGGAGAGUCCUGUGUUUGUGGUGUUGCCUUUACUUGGCAUUAAUUUACACCGGUGCAAACGGAUGUUUAGAACAACAGUCUGUCUUUGAUGGCGAUAAAAGUAAAAUACAGGCAUUGAGCAAAGUGAACAGCGAUUUUGCUUUCCGUCUGUACAAAAUCGUUGUGUCUGGUGGUCAGUCCCAGAACGUGUUCUUCUCUCCACUGAGUGUGUCCACAGCACUGGCUGCACUGUCUUUAGGAGCAGGUGGCGAGACUCAUCAACAGCUUUUCAGUGGCCUCGGCUUUAAUGGUUCUGUUUUCACGAGUCAGGAGAUGCAUCUAGCUUUCCAUGAUCUCAUGCAAAACCUCAAUCAGAGGUCAGGGGUUGACCUGGAUGUGGGCACUGCCAUCUAUGUGAAUGACACCUUUAAACUGUAUCCUGAAUUUCUGGAGAACCUUAAACGUUUUUAUCUCUCUGAUGGCUUCUCUGUUGAUUUUACAAAGACCACUGAGACCACUAAUCAGAUCAACAAAUAUUUAAAUGAAAAAACACACGGCAAAAUUAGCAAUUUUAUUGAAAAUCUGGAUUCAAGUACCAUCAUGAGUCUGCUCAGCUAUAUAUAUUUUAAAAGUAAAUGGUCCAUCCCAUUUAACCCUGAAAACACUAGAGAAGACCAGUUCCAUGUGGAUAAAGAAACAACCGUUCCUGUUCAAAUGAUGUCUAUGUGGGGAUAUUUCAACAGCUACUAUGAUCAGGAACUGUCUGUCAGAGUCCUUCGUCUAGAUUAUAAAGAUUCAUUCUCCAUGAUACUGGCUCUGCCUGAUACAAACAUUACCCAUUUGGAAGAGACUUUGCGUCCACAGCACCUAACCAAGUGGCAAAAAUUGAUGUCAGUAAGCGAGCACAGAAUCUAUCUCCCUAAACUGUCCCUUAAAACUUCAUAUUCUCUAAUCAACAUUCUGGCUGGAAUGGGGUGUAAGGAUAUGUUCACAGCUAAAGCUAACUUCUCAGGGAUUUCUGAUAAAAAUCUGUUAGUUUCUGAGGUUGUACAUAAAGCUACUUUAGAUGUGGAUGAGGCCGGAACCGAAGCAACAGCGGUGACUGAGAUAGAAAUAAUCGUGGGUUCUUCUGGACGAACUGUAACACUGAAAUUUGAUCGCCCAUUUAUGAGCUUUAUAGUUGACCAAAAAACAAACAAUGUCCUCUUCAUGGGGAAAAUUGUAAAUCCAGCUAAUUCCAGGGUCAAACAGCAAUAAAUGUUUCUCUCCAUCUACAGUCCCUUGCAAUAGUAUUUAUAUCCCUUGAACUUUUCCACAUUCUGUCACGUUACACCCACCAAUGUUCCUGUUUUUUGUUUGUUUGUUUGUUUUUUUUAACAAAUUUGAAAAGUGCAUUUUUAUUCAGCACCCUUUAUUCUGAUACCCCUAACUAAAAUCCAGUGAAAACAAUUGCCUUCAGAAGUUACCUAAGUAGUAAAUAGAGUCCACCUGUAUGUAAUUUAAUCUCAGUACAAAUGCACAUGUUCUGUGAAGCCCUCAGAAGUUUGUAAGAGAACAUUAGUGAACAAACAGCAUCACAAAGUUCAUGGAAAACACCAGGUCAGGGAUAAAGUUGUGGAGAAGUUUAAAGCAAGGUUAGGUUAUAAAAAAAUAUCCAAUCUUUGUACAUAUAAAAAAUAUAAUGAAUAUGGCAAAACAGCAAACCUAUUAAGACAUGGCCAUCCACCUAAACUGACACACCGGGAGGAGAGCAUUAAUCAGAGAAGCAGCCAAGAGGCCCAUGGUCAUCCUGGAGAAGCUGCAGGUGGGAGAAUCGGUUCACAGGACAACUAUUAGUCAUGCUCUCCACAAAUCUGACCUUAAAGGAAGAUUGGCAAGAAGAAAACCAUAAGAAUUCUUGUCUGCAGUUUCACAUGGUUUGUCACAAAGUGCAAAUGGGGCUUUACAAUUAUGUGCAACUCUGUGUUUGUCUAUCACAUACAAUCCCAAUAAAGUACAUUAAUGUUUGUGGUUGUAAUGUGGAAAAGUUUAAGGGGUAUGAAUGCUUUUCCAAGGCAUUGUCGUUUUCUAGUUUAGCAUACAGGGUUGAAGUGAUAAAAAAGGGGCUAUUAAAUUCAAUUCAGAUUUAUUUGCAUAGCACUUUUAACAAUGGAUUUUGUCACCAAACAGCUUUAUAGAAAUAAACAUUUUGGGUAUAAAUUAAAAAAUGCAUCAUUCCUAAACUUUGUCAGUUUUGCCCUAAUGGGCAAGCUCGAGGUGACAAUGCAAAGGAACUCCCUGAGAGACCAUGAGGAAGAAACCUUGAAAGGAACCAGUUUCAAAAGGAAACCCUUCCUCAUUUAGAGGGCAGAAGGUGUCAGAGCCACUGGUAUCUCAGGAGUGCCAUGUGCAGACAGAGAGAGAGAGAGAGACUAUGCAUUAGGGGGCCUUACUACAAAAAUAUGAAAAACCAGAUAUAUAAAUGCAUAUGUUAUUUUGAUUUCAAUAGGGAAAUAAAAUCUAUAU